AUUGGUCAGGCCGCCAGUUCUGCCCCGCUAGGGGAAGACCCGGAGAAAUCGAGUUAGCCCAAGGAAUGGGCCCCCCACAAGCCCUCUGCGCAUGCUCGCUCCGUGACCCCAGCUUGAGGUGACUGCCCGAACCCAGACCGGGGCCCCAGGCACGGAGGCUGAGGGACCUGCCGCGGCUCGGUCUCCGGAGAGGGAGGGCCCCGCUGCCGUCGCCGCCCGGCCGGUGCCCGGAUCGUUGUGAUUGUGAUGGAACCACCUGGACAAUCCAAGAUAAUCUCCUAGUUUAGUAACCUUCAUGCCAUCUGCAAACUUAAUUCCCCCUUUGCCAUGUAAGGUAACAUAUUUACAGGUUCCAGGGAUCAGGACCUAGAUAGCUUUAGCGAUGGGCAGCGGGGAGGCAUUAUUCUGCCUCCCAAGGUGUCUAAGAGGCUCCUGCCAGUUCUUAAUAUUGUGUGGUUUGGGGUUUACACUGAGCCAUCUUACAAUAUCAUGACAGCUGGCUAGGAUAAAUGGGUGACUGGAGACCCAUAGCAAUAUCAAACCAUCCGACUGGGGAUGCAGGUGGAGGGUGUAAAGUGAGUGAAGUAAGGUAAACUAUUAAGCCUUUUGAUCUUUUUAAUACAUUUCUGCUUCACUUCUAAAAAUUCUGUUAAUUCAAUGAACUUUUAUUGAGUAAAAAUUUAAUUUUCAAAAUAGAUAAAUAGCUUAAAUAAAUAAAUAAAUAGCUUAAAAUAGCUGCCUGUCAACUCUUCCAUUCACAUCUCAAAAAUAAAUUGCUAGAAGGUUAGGGAUGAAUCCAGAAAAGAGACUGAUCCAGCCUGAGGAACUGUCCACCCCUGUACAUGGAGUGGUGGAAAAACAGUUCAGCUAUGAACUAGAAAUUAGAAACUUCUUAAACAGAGGGCCCAUGGCAUCAUCCAUUUUUCACAAAGUAUCAAAUCAAAUAGGGUAAUGGUAAAAAAAAAAAAAAUGUAGAUUCUCAGGUCCCUCUCCAGACCCACUGAGAAAGAAGUCUGGGGGUGGAGGAGUCCAGAACUGUGCAUUUUUAACAAGAAUUCUGGGUGAUUCUUAGGUAUCAUGAAGUGGGGAAACCACUGAUUAUAGACUUAAUUUCUCUUUUCUCAAUACGUAAGUUUUAUUGAGAUAAUUUACAUACCAUGCAAUUCACUCACUCACAAUGUACAAUUCAAUGGCUUUUAGUAAAUUCACCAAGUUGUGCAGCCAUCACCACAAUCAGUUUUAGAACUUUUUCAUCACCCCAGAAACCCCAUACAUACUAGUAUUCACUCCUCACUCUUCUGGUCCCCAUCCCUCCCACCCCCAGCCCUAGACAAUCACAAAUCUACUUUCUGUCUCUAUGGAUUUUUCUACUCUAUAGAUUUUCUAUAGACUCCAGGUCAUUUUAUAGAAAUGGAGUGUAUAAUAUGUGAUCUUUCAUGACUGGCUUCUUUCACUUAGCUAAUCUUUCCAAGGUUCACCCAUGUCGUGGCAUGAAUUUUUUAAAUUAUCAAAUAAUAUUCCAUUGUGUGGAUACAUCACAUUUAUUCAUUUAUCUGUUGAUAGAUAUUUGGGCUGUUUCACUUUCUGGCAUCUACGAAUAAUGCUGCUGCAAAUAUUCAUGUACAAGUUUUUAUGUAGACAUCAGUUUCCAUUUCUCUUGGGGAUACACUUAGGAGUAGAAUUGCUGGAUCAUAUGGUAAUCCUAUGUUUAACCUUUUGAGAAAUCAUCAGACUGUUUUCCAAAGUGGCUGCACUAUUUACAUCCCCACCAGCAGGGUAUGAGGGUUCCAUUUUCUCCUCAUCCUCACCAACACUUGUUAUUGUCUGGUUUUUUUGUUUUGUUUUAUUAGAUCCAUUCUAGUAGUGUGAAAUAGUAUCUCAUUAUAGUUUGAUCUGCAUUUCCCUCAUGACUAAUGAUGUUGAACAUCUUGUGCUUACUGGCCACUUGUAUAUUUUCUUUGGAGAAAGUCCUAUUCAGAUCCUUUGCCCAUUUUAAAAAUUGAGUUAUUUGUCUUUUUAUUACUGAGUUAUGUGUUCUUUAUAAAUUCUAGAUACAAGUCCCUUAUCGGAUGUAUGAUCUGCAAAAAUGUUCUCCCAUCCUAUGGGCUGCCUUUUAAUUCUCUUGAUGGUGUCCUUUGACUCACAAAAGUUUUAAAUUUUGAUGAAGUCAAAUUUUUGUGUUUCUUUUUUGGUUACCUGUACUUUUAGUGUCGUACUGAAGAAAGCUUUGCCUAAUGCAAGGUCAGGAAGAUUUACUCGUUUCUUAUUUUUUUUAAGAGUUUUAUCACUAGCUCUCAUAAUUAAGUCUAUGGUCAUUUAGAGUUAAUUAUUUUUAUGAUGUGAGAAAGGGGUCCAACCUCCUGGAGUUUCAUUCCUGGACCACAGAGGUGUGGGCUGCUGGCCAGUGUUGUACACCAGGCCAGUCAGGGUAUGGGGGCAGGGUCCUGUGGGUGGGGCUUCCCACCAUAACCCUUUCCUGCCCAGAGUCGUUCUCUGGGUUGGGGGGGGGGGUAGGCAGUGUCUUUUCUGCUGGGCCCCAUGUCCCCCCAGGUCCCAGGUACCACCAUGUUGCCUGCCCUGUGAGGCAGGAUGGGCAGAGCUGGGAAGGACCACAUGGGAGGAGUAGGGGUUAGCUUAUCCAGGGGCUGGACCAGGGACAGGAGGGAUAAUGAGACAUCAAUCCCAGGGGUGCCUGUGGUCAGGUGACUUGCUACCAGGAAGCAUUUACCUGAGGCUACACCCCCUGGAGGUGGGGGUCCUCCUCUGUCGCAGUUGGGAGGUCUCUGCUUUCGUGUCUAGUUGUCUGGUCUCUGCUUUCAUGUCUAGUUGACUGAGAAGGGGAGCUUGCAGGGGGCAAGGCACCCCAACCAUGCACUGGCCUUGUACCUCAGGCUCCUCUCAUGGAUGAAGGGGUCUUCGAAGACUUUUGGGUGCGGGGCAUGGACACCUCAAGCCAUGUGCAUUGGAGGCGCCCAGAGAAACACAACUAAAAGCCAUGUUGGAGAAACAGGUCUAGGGGGCCAAGUAAGAGUGUACGGGCCUUGGUGCUGCCUGAGUCCUGGACAGGGAGGGUGAGAUGUCUGCCAAGGCGGCAAUCUUGUUUCUGGGCCAAACUGGAAACUGAGAAAGACCCCGCCAUCUGCCCACCACCCAAUCACCCCCAACAGACAAAACAGCUAGCCCACACUGAUGCCCCAGAGCCCCGGUCUCCAGGCCAGCGCUGCCCCUGUCAUCCAUUUUUUUCUUUUCUUUUUUUUUUUGGCCAUGCCAUGUGGCUUGUGGGAUCUUAGUUCCCUGACCAGACAUUGAACCCGGGCCCCCGGCAGUGAAAGUGCAGAGUCCUAAUCAUUGGACCACCAGGGAAUUCCCUGUCAUCCAUCCUUUCUGCUUCUCCGGACCAGAAGCCAGGGAGCCCUCAGUGACCACAGAUUCUCUGGACACCUCCACAGCCCUGUCCCCACUCAGCUGAGGCAGAGCCAGCACCAGCUCAGACACAAGGACGGAGCCCUUGAACUGCUGGGUUCCUUCCAGGGAGGUGGAGGAGAAAUCCAUCUGCUGGGGCCUGAGCGUGGCCUGGGGGCCAGGCCAUCGGUCCCAGAAUGCCCCUGCCCGAGCCCAGUGAGCAGGAGGGCGAGAGCGUGAAGGCCGGCCAGGAGCCCUCCCCUGAGUCCCCUGAGCCGGGCACAGAUGUCGUCCCCGCAGCCCCCAGGAAGCCCAGAAAGUUCUCCAAACUGGUGCUGCUGACAGCCUCCAAGGACAGUGCCAAAGUGGCGGGGGCCAAGCGCAAAGGAGUGCACUGCAUCAUGUCCCUGGGGGUGCCCGGCCCCGCCACCCUUGCCAAAGCCCUCCUCAAGAUCCAUCCCGAGGCUCAGCGGGCCAUCGAGGCCGCCCCCCAGGAGCCUGAGCAAAAACGCAGCAAGCUGGACACAGACGGAAAAGAAGAUGGAAGGUUGGCAGGACAGCCUGCCCCCAGUCCCUUGGUGGAUGGGGAGGAGUCCACCAUGGGCCCCAUCGUGUCCAGGGAGGACCCGUAGCCCUGACAACUGAGGGUGCAUCCUGGCUGGGUCAGUGAACUUGGCUGCAACUUCUACGCGUUCCACUGGGCUUCUGCCUGCGGCCCAGCCGCUGACUGAUUUUCACUUUCAACGUUGUAAUCUUUUUCUGAUCAAGCAUAAUUUACUUUUGUAAGCAGAAAAAAAAAUUAAAAAGAGAAUAAAAGAAGCUGUACACUAGA